AUAUUUUCUUCCCUUUCUUUUUUCUUUUCAAAAAACAGUUUAAUCGAUAUAAUGUACUAAACAUUGUUGGCAAGCGUUCGAUUGACUUUCACAGUGAAGCGAAAGCCGCUCCGUCUGCCAUUAUCGUUAUAAUUAAAGUAGAAAACGAGAUGAGAACGAACGGAGCCUCUUUUGCACAUAGAAAGGGGUUGCGCGUGCAAGUGAAGCAAUUUCGCGUGUUCCCUGCCGAAAUUGCGUUAUGGUCGAACGUAAUUCCGCAAUCGGGGCACAGGUGUACGUGCCGAAGGAAUAUCGAUGACAGUGCCGUAACCGGAAACCAGUGGCACGUCACGGACAUCCGCUGUAACUCACGGCAAGUGUACAGACUACUCGAAACGAGUGGAAAAUUUCUAAGGUAUAAAACUGCUUCUCUGGUUAUUUAAUUCUUCUUUAAAUUGGAAAAAAUUCUCAAAGUUAAUCAAAUACGAAGUCCACUGUCCUUAGAAAUGACUCAUCCACCCUCUGAUCAAUCUUUAAAUCCAAAGUCUGGCAAACUCUUAAAUCAAAUGCCUAAGCUGCGAAGUUAAUGGUAUGAAUUUACGAUCCUUUGAUAUUAAACCGAACCGAACCGAACUGAACAAAACCUCGCAAACAACAAAAAGAAGUCAACUAAAUUCUCAAGCCAAACGAAAUCUCGUAAAAGUGUUCGAUCUUCUUGACGGUUUAGUUCCACGCCAUGUGACGAUGGGGUGAAAAAUAAUGAAAGGCAGGGUGGCUGGCGGUGUUCGAUAAGGCGGCCGUAACAACUAUAAAUCGAAAAGUGCAUCGGUUCGUGAAAGUCGUGUAUAGGGGCCCGCGACACUCGCGUUCCAACUCGCGUAUUCUGAAAAAGCUUCUGCGCAAGGACACAGCCAGGAUACCUAUAAAAGCAUGAUCGGGACUGGUUCGCUUUCCAGUCACGUAUAAAACCCUGUUUCUGGUAUCGAAGAAAGCGAAUUCGAAGAGAAGUUGCUCCAAGUCGACGGCUAACUCAACUUGUGUGAUCUCGCGCAAAAGAGGAAAAAAUUUGCCGAUCGAUGGGAAGGGUAUGGGGUAGAAUCGAUUCUACUAAGAGACUAUGUCCUUGGAAGCUUCGAGUGAUCGUAAUCGAGUGCUUCAAGGGUUUGGUUCGUUGAGAAUUCGGUUCAAUGUGGACGAAGACAACGAUGGAGACAGGAAGAAACUCGAGGGCAAUCGUUGUUGCUGUCGUCUACCUCAGCCUAUUUCUGGACAACGUGUUGCUCACGGUUGUUGUACCGAUUAUUCCUGACUAUCUUUGCACCUUGGACGGAAAUUCGACGAUAAACAAUGAAGACGACGAGAAUGGUCGAGUGGGAUUGUUGUUAAGCUCAAAGGCGCUGAUGCAAUUAAUACUAAAUCCAGCAGUGGGCAUCUUUACCGCUACUUUUGGAUACACCAAACCAUUGCUCCUUGGAAAUCUAAGUCUCCUACUAGCAGCGAUGCUGUUCGCGUUUGGCCAAACUUACGAAGUGCUGUUUCUGGCUCGAAGCAUCCAGGGUAUUUCCUCCGCGUGUAUCGGCGUUUCCGGUAUGUCAUUGGUCGCUUCACAGUACCCGGAAGAGGACAAGAGGUCCAAAAUCAUGGGCUUCGUUCUUGGAAGCAUAGCGUUGGGUGUUCUUGUUGGAUAUCCGAUUGGUUCUGUCCUUUACGAUCUCGAAGGAAAAAUGGCACCUUUUCUAUUGGUGUCUUGUUUCAUCGUCAUUACUAUUUGUCUGCAGAUUUUUACAUUGGACGUCAAAAUGAACACUGAGUCGAGCGAUCGAGAAACGUCUUGGACACAUCUGCUAUGCGAUCCGUACGUACUAAUAAUUUUUGGAGCUAUAUGGUGUUCAACAUCACCGAUGGCUAUCUUAGAGCCCUGCUUACCAAUCUGGUUACGAACUCACAUAAGACCUAAGAAAUGGCAACUGGGAACAGUGUUCAUUCCAGAUAGCGUAGGCUAUCUAAUUGGGACCAACUUUUUCGGCAUGAUAGCUUACCGCUACGGACGAAGUAAAAUUGCUGUUCUAGCCAUGCUCUUAGUUGGUAUAAGUGUCAUUUUGAUACCAUCCUCGCAGACAAUGUCGCAAUUGGCAGUUCCACACUUAGGAAUGGGUUUAGGUAUUGGGGUAGCGGACGCUGCUCUAGUGCCAUUGUUAGCUACCUUUGUGGACCAAAAUGGUAAUUAUGGUCCGGUUUACUCGAUUCAACAAGUGGCUGUUAGUCUGGCCUAUUCUCUUGGUCCCAUCGUAGGAGGAGAAAUGGUGAAGACGAUCGGUUUCCAAUGGGUUAUGCGAAUUAUCGGCUUAAUGAACGUCGGCUACUGUCCUUUGCUGAUAUACCUCACCUUAGAAAGAAGAAAAUUAUUAACUCAGCAAGAUGAAAAGAAGGAUUACGAGACCUUUCAGAAAUCAGUGAUGAAGUACGAGCGUUUUCGAGACUCUGACGACGAUCUUUGAUAUAAUUUAACGGCUUCUACCAAUUACCAAGAUUAACUUCUCUUUUAUACAUAUAUUGUAAUUCUAUAAAGAUAAGUCGUAAUAUCUGGUUUUUGUUAACUUAAUCCAAUUUAAG